AUGUCAGAUGACUUGAGGCUCUUCUCGGACUGCAUAAUACCACGAGUCUGUUCUUCCGUUGUAGUGCACACAUACACAAGUUUCUUGUUCUGGCCAUUUUGUAAACACCCACCUCCAUCUUACUUUGGAGCGUUGGCACCAGCACCCGCCUUUUUCAGCCAUUUGUUUUCUUCCUCCUUGCAAAUGUCGUCGCCGGUAGAUUUGUCGGUAGACACAUCGCAUCUUGCUGACGAGUUCCAACUUCAGUCAGACGAUAUCUUUCUUGACAAUCUCUCGUCUAGCCCAGUGAAAAAGCAAGGACUGGUGUAUGAGGCAGCGGAGGCGCUUUCUACCUUGGCAACGCCCAACUUGCGUUGCGAUUUUGCCCCGGCAAACGAGUUGUUUCAAGUGACUACACAUUUGCGCCGGGAAAGAGACAUUUCUUCCUCCGACAAUCUCCACCACAACAAGAUUGAAAAAUUAUUGCGCCAGCUUGAAAACACGAAUGAGAGCUUUGAGCUUGACGACCAACUACGAACGCGUGUUUUCAAAGGCCGUUUCACCCGCAAGGACACUUUGGACGCGCUAGAACUUCAUCUCGACUCAUAUCUACAAGGUAAGGAGAACAGCCCGGAAAACAUCAAUGCAACUCCCCUGAGCGCUAACGAAAACAAGGAGAACCACAUUGAACCCCUGAAACGCAAGCUACGGCAGCCUUUGCAUGACACAAAGCGACUCCGAGGCUCUACUUCGGUGCCGGUGCUCCAAGCUCUUCCAAACGUGCUCAACGGGGCUCAACGCGAGCUGCAGCUAUCAUCUCAGCGACCAACACAGCGAUCGCCGCAGCGAAUUUGUGUGCCUAGGCGCCGUGCUGCUCCCCCAAAACCGGCAUUGCGGCCGCUGAACGACCUCAAUAUUUUUCUAGUCAAUUCUCUGACAGGCAUGGUCAACGAUGCGACGCAGUUUGGAACCGAGUUGAAUGCAUCCAACUGCGAGGGAUUCCCUAUGCCUGAAGAUGUCAAUGAGGUGGUUCAAAUCCCGACCAACGAGACGGUGCCGGCGAGCGCCAAACAGAAAAUGGCUAUAAUCAAAGCUUUCCAUAGCAAGCGGUUUCCGAUCGCAGGCGACGGCGGAACGCGGGGCUUCUACACAAAGCAAGAAUCUGACGAGUACAAACAGAAAGGAAAAACGCUGGGGGCACCACGCGACGGCAAACGUCAUGUUCGGUGGGCUGAGGACUUAGAGUGGUGA